AAUGAGCCUUGUGUCGCUCCAGCUGAAACAUGACCUUCACCACUAGUUACCACUGUUUCUUGCUCAUUGGAAACCUCAUUUUCUUUUUCUUCUUUUUCCAUUUAGACCUGGCCAAGUAGAGGACAGUAAUGGGGAACCACACGAGAGUGACAGUGUUCAUCCUAGCGGGUCUGACUGAUGAUCCACAGCUGGAGGCGGUGUUGUUUACCUUCCUGCUGCUCACCUACCUGCUCAGCAUCACCGGCAAUCUGAUCAUCAUCACACUCACCCUGCUGGAUCCUCACCUCAAGACCCCCAUGUACUUCUUCCUUCGGAAUUUUUCUUUCCUAGAAAUUUCCUAUACCACUACAUGCAUCCCCAAAUUGCUGGUGAUGAUGGCAACCGGGGACAAAACCAUAUCCUAUAACAAUUGUGUUGCUCAGGUGUUUUUUGCCUUCCUUCUCGGAGCAUCUGAAUUUUACCUGCUGGCAGCCAUGUCCUAUGACCGCUACGUUGCCAUCUGUAAGCCCCUGCGUUACACAGCCAUCGUGAGCACUAAAAUCUGCACACAGCUUGUCUCCUGUUGUUGGCUUGCUGGGUUCUUUACCAUCUUUAUACCUCUCCUCUUGGGCCUAAACCUUGAUUUCUGUGACUCCAACAUUGUUGAUCAUUUCUACUGUGACACAACUCCCCUCCUGCAGAUCUCCUGCUCAGACACAAAGCUCAUCGAGACGAUGGGAUUCAUUUCUGCUGUGAUGACGCUCGUGGUCACCUUGGCAAUGGUGAUAACAUCAUAUACGUAUAUUGCGAUAACAAUUCUAAAAAUCCCUUCAGCUAAUCAGAGGAAAAAAGCGUUUUCAACUUGUUCUUCUCACAUGAUUGUGAUCUCCCUUUCUUAUGGCAGCUGCAUCUUCAUGUAUGUUAAACCAUCAGUGAAAGAAAGAGUAUCUUUUUCCAAGGGAAUUUCGGUUCUCAAUACCUCUGUUGCACCACUUUUGAACCCUUUCAUCUACACCUUACGGAACCAACAGAGUCAUUGAAUUUUACCUUCCGGCUGCCAUGUUCUCUGACCAUUAUAUUGCCAUCUGCAAACCCUGCACUACAGGACCAGCAUGAACUGUAGACCCUGCACACUCCUUGUCUUCUCUUCAUGGCUACUCUCAUUCUUAAUCAUAUUCCCUGCACUCAUGUUGCUCUUGAACCUUGUUACUGUACUCAGCUCAUGUAGGUCUAAUAUUAUUGACCAUUUUAUCUGUGAUUAUUUCCCCUGCUGCAACUUUCCUGUUCAGACACAAAAUUCCUAGAGACAACGGGAUUUUCCUGUGCUGUGUUUACUGUCGUAUUCACUUUGGCAUUGAUAAUUCUGCCCUACAUGUAUAUCAUCAGAACAAUUUUGAGGAUUCCUUCUACUAGUCAGAGGACAAAGGCCUUUUCCAAGUGUUCAUCCUACAUGAUUGUCAUCUCCAUCUCUAAUGUCAGCUGCAUAGUUAUAUAUAUUAAACAAUCAGCAAAAGACAGAGUGUCUCUGAGCAAGGGAGUUGCUCAUUCUUUUGCAUGUGGAUAUCCAGUUUUCCCAUACCAUUUGUUGACGUCGUGGCACCCUUGUUAUUGUGUGUUAUUGGUACCUCUGUCGAGGAUCAGUUGACUGUAUAUACGUGAGUUUAUACUUGAGUUUAAAGACCUUGGCAGCCCCCAUCAGCAUGGACCCCUUCAUUUAUAGCCUGAGAAAUCAUCAGCACAUCAAGAGAGCAUUCAUGGACAUGGCAUGGAAGACUGUUUUUCACAAGCAGUUGAAAUGAUGCAGUGUAAUAACUUAGGGACACAUUGCAGAGCAAUUCAAAAAACACAGUCAUGACAUUUCAGGAGCAUUUUCAAAUCACAGUGGCCUCCUUUUCAUCUUGUUCAUUCACUUAGUUAUUUUCUAACAGUUCACUGGCACAUUUGUUUAAUGUAGUUCUCAUUCAAUUUAAAUAACUUCUUGUACAUCUUUCAGACAUUCAUUUUGUGAGUCUUGUUAUUUGCAACUUCUUAAUAUUUGAAAAAGUAAAAUUGUAUUUUGAGGUUUCUUUAGAGAAAAAAAUUAUCAUCGGGAAUGGAGGAGACACCACAAAUUUUGAUAUCAAAUUUUACUUUAUACAGGAAAUAAAAAUUUUGUGAUUGUGAUUUGUGUUUGAAGUGAAUUCUCUUCACCAUCUUUCAGUUUCUCUAGGAAAAAUCAUUAGUUUAGAACUCCCCAGUCUUUUCCUCCCCCAGCGCCUGGCAACUGCCGUUCCACUAUCUGAUUCUAUGUGUUUGAUUGUUUUAGAUAUUUCAUAUAAGUGAAUUCGUACAGUUUUUAUCCUUUUAUGUAUGCCAAUUUAUUUACUGUAAAGGAUUAUUCAUGUUAUGUAUGAUAGGAUUUCCUUCUUUUUUAAGGCUGAAUAGUAUCAUUUUGUAUGCAUUUACCACAUUUUCUGUAUCCAUCCUUCCAUGGACAUUUAGGUUGCUUCCGUAUCUUGACACUUGUGAAUACUGCAUCAGGGGAUAAUAUGGGAAUAUUAAUGCCUCUCUGAGAUCUUGCUUCCAAACAUUUUAAAUACAUAGCUGGCAAUAGGAUUGAUAGAUAAUGUGUUAGUGCUAUUUUUACUUUUCUAAGAAACUUCAUAUUACUUUCCACCGAGAAUACUCAGUUUUCCAUUCCUACCAACACCAUACAAGGAUUCUAAUAUCUCCACAUCCUUGCCAGCACUUAGUGUCUUUUGUUUUCUUGAUAAUAGCC